AUGAGCCUUCACAAAGGACAGCUACCGAAAUUCGGCGAGCUGCGAGCGCAGGAUUUCUACUAUUCCUCCGAAGAUGACAACAGUUCACAAUAUUUAGGAAGCCCAAACUUUAGUCUAUCCUUGGUUUCUGGAGGAACCGAUAUGCCACACUAUGACUAUAACAAUGGUCCCUAUAUGUCACCAGACUGGCAGCUUUUGGAUAGCGCGGCGCCACCCAUGGAGACAGGUCCGUGCUCGGUAAAUUAUGAAAAUUGCAUGGCACAAGCGACGGAUAACGCUGACACAGCUUAUGUGAAGAAAUCAAAGUCUCCUGGACGCAAGACGGGAUCUAGAACAUUAAGAAGUCGCUCUCCAAGCUCUGGCCAAUCACCGCUCAGUCCCACAAUUCGAAAACGUCGACGACAAGCGGCCAAUUUGCGGGAACGCAGACGAAUGAACUCCUUGAAUGACGCAUUCGAUAGGUUGAGAAAGGUGGUACCAGUACCGUCUAUGGAUCAAAAGCUGUCCAAGUUUGAAACAUUGCAGAUGGCCCAGUCCUAUAUCCUGGCCCUGUGUGACCUCUUGGAACAUAACGGCGAUACUCACCCCUAUACGAUUUUCGACGAGCACAGUUUCGAGCUGGGCGGGCACUAA